CUAAAAUCAAUGAAUGGCAAGAAACACUUGCUGGUAAUGAAACAGUUAAGCUGUUUGUCUAGGAGUGGCUAUUUGUUUGUCCUCGGAAAGUGUGUGCUUCUCGUUGCUUAGUAACCAGCUGCUGGGGACAAUAUGGCCUAGCAGGGCAGCUUUAGUGGAUGGAAGGAGAUAUUCCAAACACCUUAUGGCCUCCCAUGGGAAGGGAAGAUCUCUCCGGACUACAACAGACACCCCCCAGGUUACUUUCUUUAGCGUGAAAGUCAGGCUGCUGGAGACAGGAGAGAUGUUCAGAGUGCCAGGCUGCAGCCGGCUUACCAAGGUUGCAGAGCUGAAGGAGAAGCUUGAGUUGGCAGCAGGCAUUCCCGCUCACUUACAGAGACUUUCCUACAUCGAUGAAGGUGAUUGGCAAGAAGCCAGGAGAUUUGCCUGAUAAAUCAACAUUUAAAUACAAUGGAAUCAUUCCCAAGGGCACCAUAUCUUUGCGUUCUUGGUCCCAGGAUGGCUGCAGUGAUCUUGUUAAAGCAGCAGCUGAAGGAGAUUUACCAAAGCUAAAAUAUUUAGGGGUGACUGCAGACUCAAAUUAUAACACACCAAACUCUUUGCUUUUAAGCCUGGAAGCCAAAUGUGACUGGGUGGCAGCAAGAGCAAGCACUGCCCUCUACAUCGCCUCUCACAGAGGCCACACGGCCAUGGUACGCUUCCUUUUGCGCAAUGGAGCUAAUGUACAUGGCAAAACUUUAUUAGGGAGCAGCCCUCUUCAUGUAGCUGCUGCCAUGGGAAACUGUGACUGCAUUGAUGAACUGCUGGCUUAUGGGGCAGAAAUACAAGAUACUGAUGGAAAUGGCCAUUCAGCUCUUGACUUGGCAUCUCUCUGGGGCCAGAAGAAGGCCGAAAACAGACUGUUCCUUUACCAGUGGAAAAAAAGAGCAUCCAAAGUAUCACUUAAGUCACAUCUGGAUCCCAAGGAGCUUUUUCCUCAUCAAAAAUAUGACUCAAGUCUACGAACAUGGCGGUGUGGGCCUCAGGCAAAAAAUUACAUGGUUAACCUGGUUACCCAUGGAGAAUACUCUGGUACUAAUAUAAAUGCUCCCAGAAAAUCCAACAAUCAAAGAAGACCAGCAAAGCACGAAGAAUCUAAUGUAAACAUAAAACCAUGUAUAGAUGGUCUGAAACAAGGUUGAUGUUCACCUUUUGUAGCUUCCUAUGUUUUCAUUAAAAAAAAAUCAAAAAGUAAGUGAACUAGCUGCUUAAACACCUUUAAAAGAGCUUCUUUAAAAGUGCAAUGUAACAUGCAAAAGUAUUCUAAAUUUAAACUGAAUAUCACCUUACAUGUUAUGGAUUUCCUUUUGUACACCGUAUUUAUUAAGAACUGUAACUUUUAUGUUUCUUAAAGAGUAGUAGGAUUGUUGACCUCUAAGCCUGCAACUUUACCAUUUGGUUGGUCACAAGUUGGUUACUCUUCAGGCCAUUAAAUAUGUCUAUAAAUCCCUCAUCUUUCCUUUCUUAAUAAUCUCAAACUCCAGUGUGCAGUUGGCUCACAUAUGCACAGUGGCUCUAUGUUUGCCUACCCUAUACUUUUUACCUUUGUAAUAAAAACAUUUGUAAUAACUCCA